UUCCGUAAAGGGAGGCCCCUGCGGGGUCACGGUUGGUUGGCUCCCGCGGCGGGGUCGCUUCCUCCCUCCUCUUCAAGUGGCGCCUGGAAACAGGCGGUAGGCUCCGCGCCUCUGGAUGCUAUUAGGGGCCCCCUCACCCCCGAGUUGUGAAACCAGUUGUACAGAUUUAUUCUCCAGGAAGUAGUCACAGGACUGGACAAUGGGAAUAGGAGAACAUUUAUGUCAUUCUCACAAGCCUUAUGGGAUGAAUUCCACCUGCUACAUACAGGAAUGUCUCAGACAAAUUUCAUUUGAUGAUUUUCAAGAAAGCUGUGCUACAGAGUGUCAAAAGUCUCUAGGAAGCAAGAUGUCAGUGCCUCUGGGAAAACUGUUCCUUUUUACCAGUGUGAUGGCUAGUGGGGGCUGUGCCCUUGUGUAUUACCUUAUACAGAAAACUUUUUCCAGGGCUUCCUAUUACCAGUUGGCACUGGAGCAGCUGCAUAGCCACCCCAAGGCCCUGGAAGCUCUGGGCACUCCUCUCAACAUUCACUAUCUCCAACUCACCGACAAGUACAACUUCGUGGACAUUGCUGAUGCCCAGUUGAAGAUUCCUGUCUCUGGAUCCAAGUCAGCAGGCCAUCUCUAUGUCAGCUCAUCCAGAGAUGCCCCCUUUAACAGGUGGUACCUUCAGGAGGUCUGCUUAGAGCUCAAGGAUGGUCAGCAGAUUCCUGUGUUCAAGCUCAGGCGGGAGAGUGGUGAUGAAGUAAAAAUGGAAUAAAGGUGAUCAAAAAGACCCAGCUUUCUCCAAGCAUGGCCUUCCCUCAUCAACAUGUACCCUCUAUGUCUUUGAGCCAGUUUUCCAACCACCAGAGGGAUGAUUGUAUGUGCUGGCAUAUGAUAAUUCUGGUUUAAUUCUGAUUUGACCACAAUGAAUGCUAUUCAAGUUUUAUUUAAUCAGACAGAAAUGUUUAUUGUAAGUUUAUAAUUAUUUGAAAGUUCUCUGUACAAAGCACAGAAUAAAAGGCAUCAGUAUUAAUAA